GAUGGCAGGGUCCACAUAUUUUGAAGCUUCCGUUGCAAGAAUUCCUUGCGGCACAAGCCAAAGUCUCUUUAAAUGUACCGCCUACUUCCUUUGCAUCUACAGACUAAACUGCAGGUGUACGAGAGUCAGACCUACCCAUUCUUCACCCAAACCUCGUCCUCUUUCAGUCUCCCAAAAAUGGCGCCUACUGCGGCCUCGACCUCGCUGACACAGGUUCGAACGCUUCCACGCCGCCUCCGCCCAUGGGACUCACCGAGAACCUCUCCCCUACAUUCCUCACCACUGGUGAUCCCUGCCUCGACCUCGCGGACACAGUUUCGAACGCCUCCACGCCGCGUCCGCCCAUGGGACUCACCGAGAACCUCUCCCCUACCUUCCUCUCCACUGGUGAUCCCUGCCUCGACUUCUUCUUCCAGAUUGUUCCGGACACCCCUGCCGCGACCGUCGCGGAGCUCCUCUCUUCAGCCUGGGAGAAGGAGGCCCCCACAGCCCUCAAGCUUAUCUGCCACCUCCGCGGCGUCCGCGGGACCGGCAAGUCCGACCGUGAGGGCUUCUAUUCUUCCGCAUUGUGGCUUCACCGCCACCAUCCGAAGACACUUACCUCUAACCUGCAGCCCAUUUCUGAAUUCGGAUACCUGAAGGACUUACCGGAGAUUCUUCACCGGCUGGUUGCUGGCGACGAUGCUCGAGCGAAGGCCAAAGCCUCGCGGAUAAAGCACGAUUUCCAUUGCAGUGUAUUCCUUCGCCGGUCCAGGAAGCUACAGGUGCCAAAGAAGGAAGGAACGAGAGAAGAAAGGAUCGCGGCAGAAACGGCAAAAAGGAAGGAAUUAUCGGCGCAGGCGGCGGAAAUCCGACACACUAAGAGAGCCGAGAUGGCGGUACGAGCGAUCGAACGAUAUGGCCGUGAUCCAGACUACCGCUGCCUCCACGACCGCGUUGCCGAUGUCUUCGCCGAGCUCCUCUCCGUCGAUCUCCGCCACCUGAGUGAAGGAGAGCUGACCAAGAUCUCCCUCGCCGCCAAGUGGUGCCCUACCCCUGACUCUUCGUUCGACAGAUCCAUCCUCCUCUGCGAAACCGUUGCGCGCCGCCUCUUCCCCAGGGACACCCACCCAGACUACACCUCCCUCGAGGAGGAGCACUACGCCUAUCGCGUCCGAGACCGCCUCCGGAGGGAGGCGCUCGUUCCUCUGCGCCGCGCACUCGAGCUACCGGAGGUAUACAUGAGUGCCGGCCAGUGGAGUGUUCUCCCCUACAACCACGUCGCUUCUGUUGCAAUGAAGAACUACAAGAAGCUCUUUGCCAAGCAUGAUGCCGGGCGAUUCGAUGAGUACAUCGACAAUGUCAAGAAGGGUAAAGCCAAAAUCGCCGCCGGCGCACUCCUCCCCCACGAGAUCCUUAAAGACGCCGGCGACGACGUCGCGGAGCUGCAGUGGAAGAGGAUGAUCGAAGACCUCUCCACAAGAGGUAGCUUGCGGAAUUGCAUCGCUGUAUGCGACGUUUCCGGUAGCAUGAGGGGCACCCCGAUCGAGGUCUGCGUCGCGCUCGGGCUCCUCAUCUCCGAGCUCAGCGAAGAUCCAUGGAAAGGGCGGGUAAUCACUUUCAGCGAGAGCCCGGAGCUGCAUCUAAUCAAGGGCGAUUCACUGCAGGAGAAAACCGAGUUCAUCUACAACAUGGAUUGGGGAACGAACACGGACUUCCAGAAGGUCUUCGACAAAAUGCUCGCGGUUGCCGUCGAAGGAAAACUGCCGCCGGAGGCGAUGGUAAAGCGACUGUUCGUGUUCAGCGACAUGGAAUUCGACGAGGCGUCCGCUAAUCCCUGGGAGACGGACUACGAGGCGAUUUGCCGGAAAUUCCGUGAGGCGGGGUACGAGGAAACAGUGCCGGAGAUAGUGUUCUGGAACCUGCGAGACUCGACGUCGAUCCCGGUGCCUUCUCUGCAGAAGGGCGUGGCGCUGGUGAGCGGCUUCUCCAAGAAUCUAGUCAAGCUGUUCUUAGAAGGAAGAGACGGGGUUCUCAACCCGAGGACAGUAAUGGAGACGGCGAUCGCCGGAGAGGAGUACCAAAAGCUCGUGGUCUUUGAUUGAAGCGAGAGUUGCAACAAU